GUCACGUUUUUGUAUAACUGAUAAUUAAGAAAAAAUCAGUUAGAAUAUUGAGAUCACAAACCUGUGUUUCAGAUUUCAGUUACUUUCUUUCAACAGUUCAACUCAACAUGAAAUCUCUUCAAGUUCAACAGAUCAACACUUGAGUCUUAAAUUGGAACGAUGCCGGUAAGCCAGAAUGAAAAGCUGUAUGGCUUGCCAGGCCCGCAGAACAGUGCUGUUUUGAUGGACAUCAUCAGUAAACUAAAGCAAGAACUUCACCAGAGUAAGGCAGAUAACCACAAACUUGUUGAUCAACUGAACUGUUUAAUUUCGCUAGUGAAAAGAGCAUGGGGUGGAGAACAAGGAGCCAUUCUGCACCUUGCAAAUAUUGUUGGAAUGGAAGCACCAAAGUUUGAAUCCCAUGAUGUAAACAGAAACACACCUGUUGGUGACAAGACCCGUGCAGUGAAGAACUGGGAGAGGUUUGCGGUAAAACUUUUGGAGCGGGAAUACACUGCUAUUCAGGAAGAAAUCCGACAUAGACAGUUGCUUCAUAUACAGAAUAGACAAAUGUACAUGAAUGAUGUAAUUGAAGAUCAUAAACAGGAAAUGUCCAAGUUUCAGCUUCAUAAGAAAAGUACAACGAGCUUAGAAGAUGUUGACAAACAGUUUCUGAAGAUUUAUAAUACACAGGCCAAGAACAAAGAUCCUAGAAGAGUAAGGUCAGCUUGUAGACCAAGGUCAGGUUAUAGAGGUCAGAUUUCACGGGCAGCUGCUAUGGCUGACAGGGCAGAUGUUAGAGUUGAAGAUUUAUUAGGUCAACAGGGGUCACAGGGUCAUAAUGGUGUUGGUGGUGAUCCUAACAGCAACAGUGCUUUUAGUGCACUGUACAAGCUAGAUUCUAGUGAAGGACAGAGACCGUUAUACAGGCCUAGAGAAUAUUUUGACGAUGCAAAUAGAUAUAAACAGAAUAACCUAUUUGACCCAGAUGUGAUAUUUAGCCCAGAGUUAUUGGCACCACAAAGAGAGGCCAAAGGAAGGCCUGGCAGUGCUACCAGUUCAUUAUUAGGGUCUGGUAUAAAUCUUAAGAAUAGACCAAAAUCUGCUUCAAUGGUGUUCAUGACAGAACCAAAACCAGAGCGACCACUGAAAUACGAAACUACACGGCCUACAUCCGGGAAAAAGCCUCGGCCUGGCAGUGGCACUGCCUCACUUCGUGGACGACGUCACUCUGCACCUACAAGGAGACAGGGUCCGACACUGAUAAACAGGAAGGAACUUCACAAUAGAUCUGAACUGGAUCACAAUAAUGAGCCAGAAAAUGAUGAAAUUGAACCAGAGUUACAGAAUAUUGAAAACCAGACAAUGAAUACAAGUUUUAAUGAAGGAAACUUAAGUGAUGAACAAAAUUGCAGUGGAGACAACACAGUGAAAGAAAAGCCACCCAUAAAGGUCAAGGUCAAGAAAGGUCAUCCUAUGGACAAAUUUGUAGAAGAUCUGAGGCUCAUGGGUGAAAUGGAACUAGAUUUUAAGAAUUCUACUUUACAAUUGCAAAAGAAACUUGGUCUUGAUGGAAGUGGUUUUAUUUACUAAAUAUGAGUAAACUUACAGUAUUUCCCAAAACAAAGUAUUUUGAUAUAAAAGAAUAUCUUAUUUUUUAAGACAUUGUAUGUUAUUAAGCUGUUUUAAAAAUGCUAAAAAUAAGAAAAAUUGCAUGUUUUGAUUGACUGAAUCUCUUUUUUUACACACAGAAAUACUUACUUUGAGGAUACUUCAGAAACUUGAAGAGGGUGGUAUGAGAUCUCCCAUAUUUUUGACAUUAUUUGGCAAAGAGUUUUGUCCUAUCUUAGAAGCUGUAUUCGAAUACUGUUGUAACAUAGAUGGUUAGUAGCUGGUCACUUUUAAAGAAAUUUGUAAUUACUGGUUAGUUACGCAGGUGUGCUGUCCAAAUAGACAGACCACAAAGAUAUGAAUAAACAGAUUUGAAAUUGGCAUAAAAACCAGAGAAACAAACAAACAAAGUUUCAUAGAGCGUUUCAUGUGAAAACUUACAAAUGGCAUUGCAUCUAAGAAAUAUAAAUUCAGUGACAUCAGUUCAUUUACUCAAAAUCAUUUACAUUUUGCAUAGCUUUAAAAUAGCAAAUUAUACUUCAUUUGGAUUAGUUUUAUUGGAUCCGUAGACCAAAUGGUUUUCGAUCAAUAACUAAAGAACCCUUAGGCCUAGGAACUUCAAACUUGGUAUGAAGAUUGUUCAUGACCAGAAGAUGACCACUAUUGUUUUCUGGGUCAAUGGGUUAGAGGCCAAUAUUAUAUUGACCUUGUAGGUAUAAACGGAUUCAAAUCAAUAACUUGAUAACCCAUGCAUAGGCCCUUGACCUUCAAACUGCAAAGACGCAUUUGCCUUGGCCAGUAGAUGAUUCCUAUUGAUUUUGGGGUCAGGGGGUCAAAGGUUUAGGUCACAUUGACCUUGUAUGUCAAAACAGUUUCCUGUCAAUAACUGGAAACCCAUGGACCUUUAAACAUAACAAAUGCAUUGCUUAUGGUCAAAAGACGACCUCAAUUGAAUUUUGGAGUCAAGGGGUUAGAGGUCAAGAUCCAAUGACCAUAUAGGUAAAAACGGUUUCAGAUCCAUAUCUCAACAACUCAUGGACGCUUUACCUUCAAACUUCACAGGUGCAUUUGUCUUGGCCAGUACAUAACCCCUAUUGAUUUAAGGGUCAAAGGUCAAAGUCACAUUGACCUUGUACAUAAAAAUGAUUUCCGCCAAGUUGCCUUGGUUGAUAUUUUUUAUUUACUAAAAAUGCUUUAGUUGAUAUUUUUGAUUAAACUAAAAAUGCCUUUGGUAUACACAUCACAAAAAUUGUGUACAAUUAAAUUUAAAGUCUCAACAUUUCAUAGAUCAAAGAUUAAAAAGAGGGGUACAAUUUCCAUAUUUUCAAAUUGUUAGUCAUGUCAAUAUUAUGAUUUCAAGACGAUGAGUAAAUAUUCUUUUAUGGCAUAAUUUAUUUACAUUAUAGAUGCUGAUCAUAUUUAUAUUAAAAAUUUAUAUUGUUACACUAAAAUUGUAUUGUGUUGAUGAUAUAUUGAAAACUGUAUACAUAAUAAAUGUGCUAACUAAGUAAGGGCAUGACCAUUUCAUGUAUGAACUAUAGUAUAGAUGUAUUGGCAUGGUAUAUUCAUUUAAUGCAUCCAUGUUGUUCUCAUAUUUCUAGUUUACAAAUGUGCCGUGUCAUGACAAAACCAACAUAAUGGGUUUGC